CAGAAUCGUCUUGGGGCUUUGGUGGCUGGGGGACGAAUCUGCUGACCACCUUCACCUCCCAAGUGUCCCAAGGGAUUGGAACAGUCCUGGAGACUGUGGAGAGUGGCCUGGGUGUGCCCUCUCCAGAACAGAUGGCAUCCAGAACCCCUCCUUCCUCUGAUGCCGAAGAACCUGAAGAGGUCCCCGAAGAAGUGGAAGAGCAGACGGAAGAUCCCGGAUCGAGCUUGUUGGAAGACUUAACUGCCUGGACCAAAGCUUUGGAAAAUACGGGUUCUAAGCUGCUGUUUGGGGGCCUGGACACCCUGGAGCUGAUCGGCAAGAAGACGAUGGACAUCCUGACCGAGGGAGACCCUGGGCUCAGGAAGAAGAGGGCGGCCAUUUCGGAGCACCUCACCCUCUCCCAGAUCCUGAGGGAGGCGAAGGAGAAGGCUUCGGGGCCCUCGGAGAUAUCGGGGGAGCAACUGCCCCCGGGGCCCAUCUACGGCCAGCUGCUGGAGGACUACCAGGGACUACAGCACGUAGAGGCCCUGGAGAUGCUGUCCAAGCAGAGCUCUGCGCGCCUGCGCAGGAUGAGGGACCUGACUGCGAAGGACCCCCUCCUGGACAAGAGCCUGGAGGAGAUCAAGAGCAUCUGCGGCGACAUUUCCGUCCCCUCCCAGGAUGAUCCCAAAGCGAGGGAAGACUUUGAAACGCUGGUGCGAAGACACAUGCUCGAGGUGGAUCUCCCCUUCAAUAUUGAGAGCUUACUGCAGGCAAGGAAAAAGCCGAUGGAUUUCGAUACCGAACCGGAAACAGACGAAGAAGUGGCCGAAUUACUCGAGGAGGUGCAUGGCUCAUCGAGGCACUGUCUGGCCCUGUUCACUGCUCGCUGCAUGGAGACAUUCCACAAGCUCGCUGAACUGUUGCUGGUGCAGCCCAGCCACAAGACAGAUGCCUUUCGCCUCGCUACACAUCUCACCGGGUUGGCAACCGCGAUGUGCGCAGAAGUGGAUAACUUAACUGUCGCAUACCAGAAGAAAUUGGAAUUUUUGUUUAUCAGAGCCACUAAAACAAAUGUCACAGACACAAUGUCCAAUUUGUAUGUUGAAGCGGAGAACAGUACCUGGUACAUCGAGAGCACCUUCCAGCUGCUGGUCCCGAUACUCCAGGAAAUCUCCAUACAGGUGGACGGAGAAUGAAAAAAUGAUUCUCCUCUUUUCAGGAGAAUCGGUUGCUGAAAAUAUUUGUUCAAUCUUUAAUAAA